AUGAAGAGGAGUAUUGAAGCUGCUUCCCUAAGUGGGAAAAGAUACUCUGCCAAAGAAGCUCUUCGGGACACCAUCGACGAAGAGGUAUUUCGAAGACGAGGUACACAAGCGGUGGUCAGCGGGUGUCCUUGUAUCAGACGAGGUACACAAGCGGUGGUCAGCGGGUGUCCUUGUAUCAGACGAGGUACACAAGCGGUGGUCAGCGGGUGUCCUUGUAUCAGACGAGGUACACAAGCGGUGGUCAGCGGGUGUCCUUGUAUCAGUCUAGAUACACAAGCGGUGGUCAGCGGGUGUCCUUGUAUCAGUCGAGAUACACAAGCGGUGGUCAGCGGGUGUCCUUGUAUCAGUCGAGAUACACAAGCGGUCGUCAGCGGGUGUCCUUGUAUCAGUCGAGAUACACAAGCGGUCGUCAGCGGGUGUCCUUGUAUCAGUCGAGAUACACAAGCGGUCGUCAGCGGGUGUCCUUGUAUCAGUCGAGAUACACAAGCGGUGGUCAGCGGGUGUCCUUGUAUCAGUCGACAUACACAAGCGGUGGCGAGCGUGUGUCCUUAA